AUUUGUAGAAAGAGUUAUAGCAGAUCUAGAAAUUUUGGCAUUAUACUACUUACCCGUUCUUAAAAAAUACGUAUUGUAUGGAUAAGUCUUUUUUUAUCCUGUGCUAAAGUACUUGAAUAAGUGGUUUCAAAACACCUAAAUCCUUUUAUGUCUGGUAAAUUUUUUUAUUGUUGCGAUACCACUCUAAAAUAUUGAAAUUGUUCAGAAGACGUCAAUGUUAUCUAUUUUUGCUGAAUAUUGAUGGACAGUCUAAAUUCGAGCAAAUCUGAAUUGAUUCCGAUAAACUCUGAACGUGACUAUCGUAACUCUGGCUCAACAAAAUGGACUUCCGCAUUUAAAACAGAGGAUUUGCCAUCGAAUAAACGUACUACACGACCAAGAGCGUACUCUCAAGAUACCAGUAUAGGGAUUAAUCGUCUUCUUGAUAGAUUGAGUACUCAUUAUCCUCUUGUAGCGAAAUUAACGCCACUCCUCCCGGGAGGAAAUCCUAUUGAUAGGACUAAUAACCUAAUAAUCCGGAAAAUCUCGUCUGCUUCAGAGUAUGUUUCCGUCACUUUAUCACGGUUUAUUGUCGGGUUUGAUGUGCGCAAAAAUUAUAAAUUACAUAAGAACUCAUGCAAAAAAAGAACUGGUUUGGCAUUCGAGUUGUUACAAACAGAGCGACGCUAUGUCAAGCUCAUUGGGGCGAUAUUGACGGUUAUCGUCGAGCCGUUAAAAAAACGGAGUUCAGAUCCAGAACCUCUAAUGGUGCUACAGGACAUAAAAUCUAUAUUUGGUGACUUGGACAUCAUUUUUGGAAUCAAUUCUGAAUUCCUUCGUACGCUUGAACCUAAAAUAACAAAUUGGGACCCUUUCAGCACAGUUUUAGGUGACAUUUUUGUUUCACCUAUUUUUGACCUUUUCAGGGUUUAUGCCGACUAUUUAAAAUCUUAUCAAAACAGCAACAAUUACCUUAAAAACCUUAUAAAGACCAAUACCAGGUUAUCGAAGUUUCUCUUACAAGCCGAGAAAAACCCUGCUUGUGAAAUGCAGGAUCUGAUGAUGCUGAUGCUUCUUCCUAUUCAAAGGGUACCUCGGUAUUUGCUCUACGUUUCCCAAAUUCUUAAGUAUACUUGGCCUACGCACGUCGACUAUGAUAAUUUAUGCAAGGCAAAAAAAAAUUUAGAAGACAUGAAUAAGUUUUUGAACGAAAAAAUGAGCCAGAACCAGAAUGUCCGGCGCCUCGUUGAUAUUCAGAUCAACCUAUCUGGUAUAGAGAAGCCUAGCAUUGCGAUCGAAAGUCGCGUAUUUAUAACUGAAAUAUUACUCAGCGAGGUUGAGUCAAACGUCGACUAUAAUAUUUAUCUAUUUAACGAUUCCGUACUUAUCACCAUCGCAGAAGAUAAAGAAUACAGAUUGCAGCAGUUUUGUAGCAUUGAUACAUGCGAUAUUUUUAUUAGGAUGAAGGAAGAAAAGACGAUUACCUUGAUUACCCAAACCCUAAUUUACCUUCUAAAAGGCGAAGAUUUGGUAAAACUAGAGGAGUUCUUUAAACUGUUUGUAGAAACUAAAGGAAAAUUUAAGAAGCAGAUUGAAUCUCGUCACCGAAUUCAUAAACCUUUUAAUAUUCAUGCUUCGAGUGUCAAGCUCAAAGUGCCUGGCCGAUUUCAGAAGAUGUUUUCAGUCGGUAGUAGCGCUAAAUUACCACGAAGCACUCGGUCAUCUCGACUUUCAAAAAUAGAAAAAGGUAAUGGUUAUAGCCAGGAAAAGUAUCGAUCGAAGUCGCCCUUUAUCUGAUAGGAACAGUCCACGGCGUGUCAGUGACUCAUAAACUAAAAGGAUUGAAAACGUCUUGUAGGUGGCUGGGCGCGAGGCUGGGGUAAUUCGAUUAAGGUGUAUAUGUAUAUAUAAUAUUAUUAGUAUAAAAGAGACGAAUGUGAUCCUUCAAAAAGGGGCCGGACGAAA